UUUGCCGCCUCGGUCGACAAAUGAUGUAAUCGGAUGGAACUCACGCUCGUUAGGAUUGAGGUUUAAAAUCUAUAAAUAGGGCAUCCACGCCUCUCAUUGAAACCAUCCAAUCACCAAUAUACAUAUACAUCUGUACCACCACCACCACUGUCAUCAUGGAAGUAGCUCAAGUGCUCCGCAUGAAUGGAGGAAUCGGAGAAGCUAGCUACGCUUCCAACUCCUUAGUUCAGAGAAAGGUGCUGUCCAUGACAAAGCCCGUAACGGAGGAAGCCAUAACCAAGCUCUACUGCAGCACCUUCCCGGCGCGCCUGGCAAUUGCAGACCUGGGCUGCUCUUCUGGCCCCAAUGCUUUCUUCGCCGUCUCCGAGGUCAUCGGUGCCAUCCACGAUCUCUGCAAGAAAUUGGGCUGCCCGCCGCCGGAGGUUCAAGUGUUCUUGAACGAUCUUCCGGGAAACGACUUCAAUAACAUAUUCAGGUCCCUGCCCAAGUUCCCCGCCGCUACUGCGCCGUGUUUCUUCACCGGAGUUCCGGGUUCUUUCUACGGCAGGCUUUUCCCCGCCGGGAGCCUGCAGUUUGUGCAUUCUUCUUACAGUCUGCAAUGGCUGUCUCAGGUUCCGGAAGGGUUGGAGGGCAACAAAGGGAACAUAUACAUGGCGAGGACGAGCCCGGCGGGGGUGCUGAAAGCAUACUACGAGCAGUUUAAGAGGGAUUUUUCGGAGUUUCUGAAGUGUAGGGCGGAGGAAUUGGUGGAAGGAGGGCGCAUGGUUUUGACAUUUCUGGGGAGGAAGAGCGAAGACCCAUCAAGCAAAGAAGGUUGCUAUAUUUGGGAGCUUCUGGCCCUCGCCCUCAAUCAAAUGGUCUCUGAGGGGCUCGUAGAAGAAGAGCAAAUGGAUUCAUUUAACAUUCCACAAUACACACCGUCCCCUAUGGAAGUAAAAUCUGAGGUUGUUAAGGAAGGAUCGUUCGCCAUAGACUACCUGGAGGCAUCCAAAGUGAAUUGGAAUGUGUCCGAUGACGAUUUCUCUUCUUCUCAUAUAUACAAGGACGGUGCUUACAACGUUGCAACGUGCAUGAGAGCUGUGGCUGAACCCUUGCUCCUCGGUCACUUUGGGAAUGCCAUAAAUAUCGAUGAAGUAUUUUGCAGGUAUAGGAAGAUUAUUGCGAAUCGCAUGGCCAAAGAGAGAACUGAGUUUAUUAAUGUCACUAUUUCCUUGACAAAAAUAAACUAGUUAGGUUGAUCUAUGAAAAAAACAAAAAUGCUAGCUUUCUUGAUAGUCUUAUAAAUAUCUAUCUCGAAUUUGAUGUAAUACUUUUUUUUAUCCCACCGUAAAUUAUCACUUGAGCCUUGGAACCGAGCAUAGCACUUUUUGGGAUUCCACAUCAAGCUUGAAGGAUGAUUAUGUGGGUAUAAAAGAGCAUAACAUUAAAUUUGAAAUAUUUAUAAAGUUAUUGGGAUGACUAGCACAAUCAAUGAUGGACAUUAGGUCAUUAUGGGUCAAAAGCGUGUAAUGUAAUUGUCAGUACUCAAUAAUAAAUAAUUAUGGGUUUAUGGGUCCAUGUAUUCUUGGCUAGCUUAUUGUAAUGUCAUUAUUGUGGAAGAAUUGGAGUACAAUAAUUGCAGAAAUGUUCUUCAA